AUGCUGAAGAUGAAGCUGCCGGUGAAGCAGCAGCAGCAGCGGCAGGCGAUGAGCCGUAAGGAGGUGGAGGAGGAAGAAGAGGAGGGAGCGGCGGUUGGAGUGGCGCCGAGGGACUGUGGCGGAGGCGGCGGCGGUGGCCUUCCCAGUCAGCCGCGUCGGAGCGGGGCCGGGUCAGGGGCAGCGGUCCCGCCUGGCGGCGGCGGCGGCCCUACUUCGCCGCCGCCACUCCUGCGCUGCCUCUGCGGCUGCUCAGCCGGAGGCGCCCGCGAAGCGGUCUACGAGUGGUUCGGCCUGGCGCUGGGCUCGGCUCAGCGGCUGGAGUUCGCCGUGGGGCUGCUCGACCUGCUCAACCCGCUGGAGCUGCGCUUCCUGGGCUCCUGCCUGGAGGAGCUGGCCCGAAAGGACUACCACUGCCUGCGAGACUCCGAGGCCAAAGCCAACGGCGCUGCUCCUCUCCCCCCGCUGGGCGGCAGCGACUUCCGCGACCCGGCGGCGCGCUCCAAGCUUAUCGUCUACUUGGCGCUGCUGGGAUCCGAGAACCGCGAGGCUGCCAGCCGCCUCCACCGCCUCCUGCCCCAUGUGGACGCCAUCCUGCAAAGCUGCCGCUCCCUCGGCCCGCUGCGCCCCAAGGAAGGCGGGCAGGAAGGCGAGGAGGAGGCGGCGGCGGCCCCCGCGACGGGGCCCGGGCCGGUGGAAGGGGGCCUGGGGCUGGUGGCUCAAGAGGAGCUGCUGUUGCUCUUCACCAUGGCCUCCCUGCAUCCCGCCUUCUCUUUCCACCAGAGGGUCACUCUCCGGGAGCACCUGGAGCGGCUGCGGAGGGCCCUCUGCCGGGACGCCGAGGAGCGGGACGGCUUCGCUUGCCACGCCAGCCGGAAUUUUCCCCAUAACUGUAUGCCAAGAAAUGAGAGCAGUUUACUUGAACAAAGAGCAGCACAUCGUGAUAAGCUUAUGGUGGCCUCCCAUAGACCACAGCAAGAAGCUGUACAUAUUCAGAAGAUAAUGCUGAAAUGUGCCCCAAGAAAAAGAUCUGACAAGCAUCUGGAGUAUACUUUCAAUGUGAUCUGGUCAGAUCAUAAUAUAACCUCUGUAAAAAAAACUCACCAGGAAUUACAGGAAUUUCUAUUAAAACUUCCAAAGGAUCUUUCUUCUGAGGCAUUUGACAAGACUAUUUUAGGAGCAUUAAACCAGGGGUUCCAGAAGCAAGAAGAAAGGCGACACCCAGAUUUAGAACCUAUGAUAAGGCAGCUGUUUUCAACUACAUCACAAGCUUUUCUGCAGAAUCAGAGAGUAAACAACUUCUUUCAGUCUCUGUCCUCGGAAUCUUUGCAUGCUCACAAUAACUUCCAAUCCACUCUGAAGACAUCUAAGAUGCCGGAGCACUUCAAGGAGGACAGUUCAGAAGCUUCAAGUCAGGAGGAAGAAAUGAUACAGCACACAACGAUUCAUAAAAAACAUAAUGGGAAAUGUCCUGUGGCCAACACUGGUAAUACGAAAUGUUCUUCACUGGAUGGCUUUGACAUAACACAUUCCGAACACAAUGGUGUGGCAGAUUGGAGAAGAAAAGGCUGUGCUCUUCAGCAGCACCCAGAGCAUUGUACAUUACUUGAUCAGCAUACAGCGGAGAAGAGGAAUUUGCCUGCAAUAAGCAAGAAGAAAGGAAAGCUGCAACCAGAAAAAGAUAAAGUAAAGAGAUCUGACACCAGAUUAACCAUCAGAACUAACUGCGUAAGAGUUGCAGAUGCUCACCAUCUCCACCCAGCAUUAGCAAAAGAUUCAAAUUUAGACAUUACAGUUGGACAUGACACAUGUGGAGAAACCUCUUCAGAGAGUUACAGUUCUCCUUCUAGUCCACGUCAUGAUGGAAGGGAAAGCUUUGAAAGUGAAGAAGAAAAAGACAGAGACACAGACAGCAAUUCUGAAGAUUCUGGGAACCAAAACGUGUUGAAGUUUGCUGGUUAUGGUGCUACAGACCUCAAUAAGCCACCUACACCGAUUUCAGUGAGAUCAGACAAUCGAAACAUUGUAGAAGAUCCUUUGAGUUCACCAUUUCAACACAUUUCCUUUAUGCCUGCCUUGCACUGUGUGGUGCUCAAUGGUGCACCGAAGCCUGAAACAGUAGUUCCGCCACCCAUAUCUGCUGAUGGAAAAACAUUGGGAAUGGUGGUUGCAAAUUCAGCUCCUGUUGGAAUGGGUUCAGCUGGUGAAUCUGAAAAACACAUUGAACUUCUGUCGUCCCCUUUGCCAGCCAAUUUCGUCCCACCCACAGUCCAAUCUGGUAGCCCUGCAUUGCAUUUAUCAAUACACAGAAUGAAAAUAUCCUCACCACAGGCAUCAUCUGAAAGCUGUGCAGUUAGUGGACCCCAACAACAAACAGGAAACUUAAGUAUUGGAUCACCAAACACUGCCUUUAUCCCAGUCCACAACCCAGGUAACUUCCCAGGACCUACGGUUCCCACUACAGAGCCAAUCUCAAAACCUGCACCCCAUAUGAUGGGCUUGAAUCAAAUGGUGCCUCAUGUUGAAGGAAACACAGGAGUGAUCCCUCAGCCUCCCAAUCUAAAAGUAGUUGUUCCUGCAGCUGGUCUCUCCACAGCACUUCCACCAGCUCCUUUUACUGUACCAGUGACUCUUCACGCUACCAGUGUGUUGCCCAAUCAAAGUACAACCGUGCUGAACACUGUGGCAUCAACACCACCACCUCCAUCAUCUGGUUUAUGUGUUAGUCAAGUCCAGCCUAAUGUUCCUCCUGCAAUACCUACCCAUACACCAGGUCCUGCACCUAGUCCGAGCCCUGCUCUAACACACAGCACUGCGCAGAGUGACAGCACAUCCUAUAUUAGUGCUGUUGGAAAUACGAAUGCUACUGGCACUCUACUGUCUCCACAGCAGUUGGGGUCUGGGCCUUGUGGGUCUUGUGGUCGCCGAUGCAGCUGUGGGACCAAUGGAAAUCUUCAGAUUAACAGUUACUUUUAUCACAACCCACUUCCUGGACAAGUCUACAGAGUUCCACCUUUCGUCCAUGUGCAAUCGUUUUGCAGUAACUACCUCAACCAAGCACAUCAAACCAAUGGAACACAAAUUCCUUUUUACAUGCCUCGCGCCCCGUAUGCAAAUGGGCUGAUGCAUGACCCAGUAAUGGGGAGCCAAACCAACUAUGGUAUGCAGCAAAUGGCAGGAUAUGGGAGGUUCUAUCCUGUGUAUCCAGGUCAAAGUGUAGUUGCCAAUACUAAUGGAGCAGGUCCCAAGAAGAAUGGGAAUGUGUCCUGUUAUAAUUGUGGUGUUAGUGGGCACUAUGCACAGGACUGUAAGCAGUCAUCUAUGGAGGCCAGUCAACAAGGUAAUCAUAACUCCCAACACAGUUGCUUCUAAGUUCACUUAGCUUAUAUUAUUGGCCAGGCUGCCCCCAUUCUGCUUUCUGUGAAUUGUAUGACUGUGUGUGUGUGGGCGUGCAGGAUUGACUGUAAAAACAUUUAGUAGUUUGUAAUAGGUCCAAAUAGUUAUGUUGUCAUAACAGAAUGAUGUAAUGGAAGUCAUAGAUAAACAAGCAAAUUGGACCAUAUGGCAGCAGUUAGGGGGGAAGCAACCCAAAACUUAGUGCAUUUCCCUGGUUUAUUAGAAUUUGUGCUGCCAAAAUGUGACUCUGUAUCUCUUUAGUGUUACAUUUCAAAGGAGUCCAGAAAAAAACACCUGGCUUUCAAAAUUGAUACUUCACACAUGCUUUAUAUGUUAUGUGCUUAAUUAAAAAAUAAGCAGGUCACUCAUUGUACCUAUGCAUAGCUAGAUCUUGUUUUCUUCCUUCCUCCCUACAAAUGUGACUGACCAGAGACAUUUUCAAAAUAUAGUUAUGCAUAAGUGUGAAUAAACCGUUAAAAUCAAGGGGUGCCAUCAGUUUUAUAUCUUUAUUCUUAUUAACGUUUGUAAUUGUAAAAUGUAUCCAUUUCCACCCCCUCUGGUUUUUCUGGUGUGUGUUUUAACUGGUGAAACUUGAACAGAAAAGACCAACUUGGUAAGAUAAUAAUUUGAAGCUAUGUGCUCUAUAGUAGUCUUAAUGAAAUCAAUGGAAUUGCUCCAAGAGUGUAAGUUGAAUAUAGUGGACUUUUACGGACCUAAUACUAUGAGAAAGAGUCUAGUCUCUUCCCAGGCUCACGUGCUACUGGCUCUUUCAGUGUGGCCAUGAGGAGGAGUCCAGUUUGCUGUGUCAUCAAAACCCAGAGAGACUGAUUAGCCUUUAUUCCGUUAGUGGAAACAAGCCAACUUCAAGCUGUACUUUAUGAAGCUGGGUUGUUUUCACAAACCAUAGUUAAGUUUAACCACAGUUUAGGGUUCUGAUGACACCACAAGUAAUCUGAAGUAGAAGCUCAGAAUUCCUCCUUGUAGCUGUACUGGAGGAGGAGAGGAUAAGGGGGAGCGUGUGAGUCCCAGCAGAAGGCCAGACUUACUUUUAUAAAACUAAACCAUAGUUUAGCAUUAUUUCUGAAUGUAGCCACUGGUCUGGUUUACACAAAAUGACAACCCAGGUUUUUUAAAAAAUAAAACUGGAUUAUCAUGAACAAGCCAGUGUGCUAACCCCUGUGGCUUGUUCAAUCCCACUCGACUCCUCCUGCUAGUAGCAGCAGCUAAACAACCAGGACUGCUGUCUAUUGUGGGGUUCAAACCCAGAACUGAGUUGUCUCCCCUGACAAGCCAGAUCUGGAGCCCACUUUAUUCUCUGGAGGAACCAACUGGGAGUGAUCAAGCUGCAGGGAAUUUAACUGGCCCACUGUGUGCUUGUUGGUGGUUCAGGAAAAAAACCCGUCAUUUUCCUUAUUUACAAACUGACUUCUAGGCAGGCUAUAUAGAUAUAUAAACCUUUGGAUAAUAGAAUAGCAUUUUCGGAAGGGUUUUAUAGUUGGGCUUUUAUAGUUUUUUCUCAUAAUUUUAUUAAGUGUAAGCAGUGACUUAGUAAGUUCUUUUUCCUGUUCUAGGCACUUACAGAUUGAGAUAUGCACCUCCCCCACCCCCUUCUAAUGAUACGUUGGAUUCUGCUGACUGAAACCAAGUAAACAUUGCCUACAUACCAAAAUGAAGGUUGGGAAAUUUGGGGAAUUCUUUGGAUUUGAGAGAUUCCUUGUGUGUGUUUUAUGUUCUGUUGCAUUUUUUUUCAUUGCUCAUGAACGUCUGUUCUAAUACGAAAGAAGAAAGUGGUUUUGCUCCUUUUCUAACUUGCAUAAAGCAUGUUGUUAUCUUGGCCAAUCAAUCAAAAGAGCAUUUGAAUGAAUAGACUUUUGCACUGAAGACUGGAGACAUGCAAUGUUUGCUCCAUUUUAUAUAUAAAAAAGAAAGAUCAUUUAACCUCUGACUACACUGGUUGAGCAGCCAUAUGGUUGAAAGGAGAAGCUGAGUCAUGCUCCCAAAAGUCACCUUUCGCUUCCCCCUUUUUCUUACGCUGCUAUUCUUCUCUCCCACCUUUGCUGAGUCUACCUAUCUCCAUGGGACUGGAUGGAUGUUCACCUGUUUAAAUAAAUCCUGCCCAUAACUCUAGUAAAUACCUAUGCUUGUGAACAGAUGGGGGCAUUGCUUGCUUUUCUUAAGAGAUUGAAAAUUCACAAUAUAUACAGCUCUUAUGUGCCUAAAUGCAAGAGAGAGAGAGAAAAUCGGCAAGGUUUAAAAUUGUGUGAACAUAGCAGAUUUCUGAAAUGGAAAUAUGUUGAACAAUUUUACUUUUGUUGUAGUGUUUUUUUUUUAAGCCUGUUGGUUCAAAGUGAGUAACUGGUAUGAAUGCCUUAGUUUGUGUGUUUGAAUUUGUAAUGGAAGUUGGCAGCAAGUACCUUUUUAUCAAACAUAUUCUACUUUGUCAGUACAAAAGAAACAUGAUUAAGAUUUUAACAUCUUCCCCUUUAGGCUAUUACAGUGUUGUGUUUAGAAUGUAAAUGAUUUAUUUCAAUCUGGACAAAAACCUGUGUGUAUUCUAAAAAUUGGUCAAGUAUUUGUAUACUAGAACCAGUCUACCAAAUAGCAAUGUCACUUUCUUAUGACAAUUUACCACUGUGUGAUCACGAUAUAAUGUGAAAGACUCCAAUGAGUGUGAAGAUUGAUCAUGUUAGUGUCAUAUCACUAAGUUUAACGCUGCUGUAUCUUCUAAAAGCCAAGGUGUACUAAAUUGCUUCCAGGUAAUAUUUGAUUUCUUAAGUGCACUGAGUUUAUGUGGAAGAAAACUUACAACUGCUGAAAUCAACACUGAACUACCACCAUUUGUGUACCCAUAGGUAUCACAAUUCAUAGCAGAAAUGUAGGUUUUACUUAUUUAACAAAAUAGAUAUGCAGCAGAUGGAAACCAGUCAAAACAUUUUUGAUUAAUUCUAAUUGCUAAACAAGAAACUUGAAGAAACUUGAUUUACAUUUCUUCAUAGAUAGCAUUUAUAUUUAUAGCACCAAUAUAUUUUGAAAGUGAGGGUGUAAAGGGGUAGAUGAGAGCUUUAAUUUAAAAGAAAAUUAGCAUAGACAUUAUUUUCGUUUAAAAAAAUUAUUUGCUCGGUAUGUUGGACCAUAUAAAAAUGAAAUAACUGUUUCUGGGUUUAGUGAGGGUGUUCAAAGCACCAGUGGACUUGCAUUCUCAAUUAUCUGCCAGUUUACUUUAUGGAACUUAUUUUAUGAUUUAAGAUACUGUACUGUAAAUAGGAGGUAUGUUGCCUUCUCUUUAUUUGUAUGUUUACCAUAUACUUUGAUAUUUGAAAUGUUAUGUACUGGAAAGGUCACUUAUAUUUCUAGAAAGAAUGGAUUUUAUGCAGCAUUUUUUCCUUGGAUUAACAGCAAUAAAAAAAGAAAAAAAGCAUA